AUGGUGUUGUAUGAAGUUCUGAGAUUAUACCCACCAAUCACCAACAUGUUUCGAUACACCGCCCGAAGAACUACCGUAGGAGGCAUUACCAUCCCGGCAGGGGUCGAAAUCUUUCUACCAACUUUACUUUUGCACCAUUCAUCUGAAUAUUGGGGUGAUGAUGCUCAAGAAUUCAAGCCACAAAGGUUUGCUGAAGGAGUUUCAAAGGCAACAAAGGAUCAAUUGUUGGCAUUUUAUACCUUUGGAUGGGGACCAAGAAUUUGCUUAGGCCAAAGCUUUGCGGUUAUAGAAGCCAAGUUGGCUCUAUCUAUGAUCUUGCAGAACUUCUCUUUCAAACUCUCACCUUCAUAUACUCAUGCUCCUUAUACCAUUGUCACCCUCAGACCACAGCAUGGAGCUCCUCUUAUCUUCCGACAAAUUUAA